AUGCCCAAGGACAACAGCAAGCCCAUCAACGUCGCCGGAUCCAAGCGUCCCAAGGCAGACAAGGCCCCGAAGGAGGAGCGCGACGUCAAGGUGGCGGUUGACCAGCCCCUCGAGCCCCUCGAGCCGACCGACUACGCUUCGGCGCUCAGGCGCCAGGACGAGCUUCUCGCGCAGGUCCAGCAGCUCGCCGAGCUGCAGCACGAAGCCAGCCUUCAAUUGAAGGAGGCUACGAAGCAGACCAAGAAGUUCAAGGCCGAGGUGAACCGCAAGGCGCGCGAGGAAGCCCCCCGUGAGAUCGACCCCGACAUGUUGGUCGGUACGAAGCUGUUUUCGAACGGGUACAAGUGGGUCGACAUCGAGGAGGACGACCGCCGCGUUGAGGAGAUGAACACGCCUGUCACCCGCGGCACGAGGAGCGGGCGCUCGUUCCACCCCUAG